AUGGCCUGCCCCGGCGUCCUCAUGAGCGCGCAGCUCCUGCCGCUCGUCACUGCCUACCAAGUGGGCGUCAACCAAGACGUUCGCAUCCUCACGCGCCUCGGCCACGACCCGCCGGACGGCGACCUCGGGUCCGUGCAUGCGCUCAUGGCACCGUGGCUCGAUCGCGUCGGCUUCCGCUUCGUGCCUCAGCUGUGUCCAUCGCUUGUCUUUGGCUACGCGCUCGAGUAUGGCCGCGUCGAUCUCUUGCGCGAGCUCAUGGCGACGAAGACGCUGUGCAUCGCCGGCGGACGCUGGACGCUCCACUACGGGGCGUGGCGCCGCUGCGUGGUCGCGGCCUGUCUCGGCGACCACGUCGACUUGCUCCGUUUUGCCAUGGGGCAAGAUGUCGGUUUGUACCUGCCGAAUUUGGUAGCGAUUGCGCUGCGUGGCGGUCGGCUCUGCAUCGUGCAGGACCUCUUGGAGCAACGCGUGGUCGCCGCCUUCAGAGCCCACCACAUUGGGCACGCUGUAACGAGCGGCAGCACGGACCUCGUGGCUUUCCUCUUGAAUCACAGCACCCACGGCAUGAUCGCAGUGGCAUUCGAGCAAGCUAGCGCUCAAAACCAGUUUGCGCUCCUCCAGUGGCUCUGCACCACGUACAACGAGCCACGGUAUUGGCGCAUCGCUCUCAAUAUCGCUGUCGCCAACCUCCAACAUGACGUGAUCGAGUACUUUGCAACGACGCACGACCUUCGCCUCCUCCAUACGAAGCAACGCGCGUGCAACGACGCCACCAGCGCAAUGAAGCAACCGACCAACGCCGCAAGCGCAAGCGCGAUGCGCCGACAAGCCCGCGCGACUACGCCCUCGGUAGAGACCAAGACUUAAUCAUGUAUCUACUGAUCAAUAAAUCAAC